AUGGGCUCCAGGCUCCUCUGCUGUGUGACUCUCUGCGUCCUGGGAGCAGGGGGGGUCCACGCUGGUGUCACUCAGGACCCCAGAUUCCAGGUCGUGAGGACAGGACAAAAGGCGACACUGAAAUGUACUCAAGAUCUGGGUCAUGAUAAUAUGUUCUGGUACCGACAAGACCUGGGACACGGGCUGAGGCUGAUCUAUUACUCAGCUGGUGUGCCCAGUAGCAAGCCGGGAGAUGUGCCCGAGGGUUACAGCGUCUCCAGAUCAAACAAAGAGAACUUCCCUCUGACACUGAAGUCUGCCAUCCGCAACCAGACAUCUGUGUACUUCUGCGCCAGCAGUUACUCCACGGUGCUGCAUGGCCACCUCCUCUCUGUGCAAAAUCUACUAGGGGCGGUCCACGCUGGUGUCACUCAGGACCCCAGAUUCCAGGUCGUGAGGACAGGACAGAGCGUGACACUUAAGUGUACUCAGGAUCUGGGUCAGAACUCUAUGUAUUGGUACCGACAAGACCCGGGACACGGGCUGAGGCUGAUCCAUUACUCAGCUGUGACUCCCUACAUGAAGCAAGGAGAUGUGCCCGACGGGUACAGCGUCUCCAGACCAAGCACAGAUAACUUCCCUCUGACGCUGAAAUCUGCCAACCGCUCCCAGACAUCUGUGUACUUCUGUGCCAGCAGUGACUCCACGGCGCUGCACGGCCACCUCCUCUCUGUGCAAAAAGGCAGAUGA